UUCAAUACCAAAUCACUGAUUGCAAUGAGCGAGAAGGAGAGGUUGUCUGCUCCUCUGCUUCACAUCACAGAUAACUGUCAGGCAUUCGGGCUCGUAUCAGCCGCGCAUCCCGCUUACCGUGCGCUCUGGAGUACCAUGGUUUGUUCUCUUUCUGGACUGUGCGGAUACUGCUGUCGACAAUAAUAUUAUUAACAAGUGUGGAAUGUGCACAUCUGAUUUGUUCUGUAUUAAAACACGUUCUUAACGGCGCCUCUUCAAACAUAUCACCUCAUAAGUGCAGAAGGACAGCUCCCCUCACCUGCAUUCCCCUGGUGACUGGCGCUAUGGAAGACCACACAGGCUGGUCUACGCUGUAGGAUGGUAGCGCACAGUAACGUGGCAGAUAAUGCAGCAGCUGACAGCAGAGCCAGAGACCAACCCCAGAACCACGAGGCACCCCAGCGGCACAGAGAAGCCAUCUCGGACCCCCAGAACCACGAGGCACCCUGGCGGCACAGAGAAGCCCUCCCGGACCCCCAGAACCACGAGGCACCCCGGCGGCACAGAGAAGCCCUCCCGGACCCCCAGAACCACGAGGCACCCCGGCGGCACAGAGAAGCCCUCCCGGACCAGAACCGCUUCCCCAUCUUCCAGAGCGACCAGGAUUUCAGAACCAUCACCAAGACCACCGCGCUGCUGGAGAGAUCCGGCUUCUACUGGGGGCCCCUGUCGGUGGAGGAGGCGCACGCCAAACUCAAAGCAGAGCCCCUGGGCACCUUCCUCAUCAGAGACAGCAGCCAGAAGAACUACUUCUUCACCUUGAGCUUGAAGAUGCAAUCGGGAGCCACCAGCGUGCGGAUCAACUUCAAGAGGUCACGCUUCAGCCUGGUGGGCAGCGAGGAGUCCUUCGACUGUCUGUUCAAGCUGCUGGAGUAUUACACGAGCUGCCCCAAGAAGAGCCUGGGGAAGCCUCUGCGGAAAGAGAAGCUGCAGCCUUUGCAGGAUCUCUGCCGGAAAAGGAUUAUCCAGACUUUUGGCAGGGAGAACUUGGACAGUAUCCCCGUGAACGCUGUGCUCAAGGACUUUCUGAGCUCCUUCCCAUUUCGGAUAUGAUGACGGGACACUAAGCAUUACAUCGCUGCCCUGCAGUGGCGCGGGACAGGCUCUCGAACCGGGGUUCUGCCGUCCGGGUCCGCGAGUCUGAACAGAGUUAUUUUUGUAGCAAAGUAAAGUAUUCUGUAAUGAAACUUGAACACCUGACACUGAAAGUUUACACACCCAGUGAAUGUUUACACUAUCCAGGGCUAUCCUGCUGUUAUCUCUCUGCUGUGCAGACACACGCAUUUUUAUUGUUUUCUUGUGAAAAUAAAUUUAGGUAUGAAAAUUUUGAA